UUGGGGGGCACCUGGGAAGGGGGUGCCUGAGGCGGCCCCCUGUCUCCUAGUAUGGUGACAUCCCCUCUUUCCCUCAAGGGCUGCUCGAUCUCCCUCUCCUCCCACGCCCGUCUCUGACCCUCAUGGCAGCCCUGCGAGGAAUUUUAGAACAGUAAUGGCUGGUGAAUCUCCCCGCCGCCCAAGCCGAUGUACCGGAGGAGUGAUAGUUCGACCACAGGCUGUUACGGAACAGUCGUACAUGGAAAGUGUUGUUACAUUUCUACAAGAUGUUGUACCGCAGGCUUAUAGCAGUACAGCUCCAACAGAAGAAAAAGAGAAAAUUGUAUGGAUCAGAUUUGAAUAUUCUGACUUGAAUGAUACGUUAAGGAACGUGGAGUUGCAUGAGAUGCACAGCACUGGCAAUGAACCUCCCCUUCUGCUCAUGAUUGGCUACAGUGAUGGGAUACAGAUAUGGAGCAUACCUAUUAGUGGUGAAGCUCAAGAACUUUACUCCGUCCGACACGGUCCUGUCCGAGCAGCCCGAGUCCUGCCAUCACCGCAGAUCAAUCGUGAGAAGAGUGAUAACUUUGCUGAGAAGAGACCUCUCCUUGCUGUGUGCAAAAGCAUCGGAUCUUCUGGUACCAGCCCUCCUUAUUGCUGUGUGGAUCUUCAUUCUUUGCGAACAGGUGAAAUAGUCAAAUCUGUGCAGUUCAAAACACCUAUUUAUGAUCUCCACUGCAACAGAAGGAUUCUUGUUGUUGUCUUACAAGAGAAGAUUGCUGCCUUUGAUAGCUGCACUUUCACUAAAAAAUUCUUUGUUACAAGUUGCUAUCCUUGUCCAGGGCCUAAUAUGAACCCCAUAGCUCUAGGAAGUCGGUGGCUGGCCUAUGCGGAAAACAAG